CCGCCAGCACAUAGAGGUUCGUUUCCUAACUGUAGUGUUUCAAGUACAAUCACCUGCACCGAUUUAGGUGUGGCGCCACAUUGCCGAAUAAUCUGUCAAAAAACCUCCUACCAUCGCACCGUAUUUUUUUCCAACAACAAAUAGAUCGGCUUAGGGAACACACGAACAUGGUUAUCAGAGUGUUUAUCAGCGGCAUCUCGGGCAACAAAGAGGUGAAGAAGCGGCAGCAAAGGGUGCUGCUGAUCCUCGACUCGAAAAACAUUAAGUACGAUGUGGUGGACAUCGCAGAGCCGGGCAGCGAGGAGGACAAGGAUUUCAUGCAGAACAGUUCCACUUCGAACGGUGCCACUAUCAGUGAUCCCAACCCCAGACACCCGUUGCCUCCGCAGAUUUUCAACGACGAUGUGUACUGUGGGGAUUACGACAUGUUCGACAUGGCGAACGAAGUGGACGAAAUGGAAAAAUUCCUGAAACUGGCCCCGGACGAUUCGACGGCGACGGUCACGUCCACCACCUCGAUCCAACUAGAAAACGGCAACGCGAAAAAAGACGUCGAAGUCGAAGACGCGGACUCGUCGAACGCCGAAAUCGAAAACACCAACGAAGAAGUGCCUAAAGAUGAAGUCGAAAACGUAGAAGAGUCGAAAGAAAAUGAAAUAGACGACAAUAAAGAGUCGGAGGACGCGAAAGCGGACGAGAACCAAACCGACGAACAGAAAUUAGAGAAUGGUGCGAACCAUGACAAAGUGGACGAGAGCGGGGACAAUCCCGACGAAGAUCCAUCUGAAAAGGCUGAAGAAUCGUAAUUCAUAUUAUUUAAUUUAUACACGCGCACCCAAUCAUAUUGACUCAUUUAUUUUUCAUUUAUAUCUAUAUACUUUAGAUGCUUUGUUCCUCGCCAAAGCAUAUUUUCAACUAUUUAAGUAUUAUAUUUAUGCGACAACAUUAAGGUUACGGUCCUAAGUGCUUUGAACAAUAAAAAUUAUGAUUGUUAUCUCAAAUGUUACUGUUGAAAUUAUUUUGGAUUUUGUAAAUAUUUCUUUCUUCAAUAAAUCUUUUAUCAAA